AUGCCUGCUUCAAUCCGUAACGGCGGUAACGGCACUUUACCAGAGGUGAGCAAUGGAUUCAAUUGUGUGGAUUGCUCGCGACCAGAUGGAGCAGAGAAUAUGGUCCAAUGUGAUAAAUGUGACCUUUGGAGACACUAUUCGUGUGCGGAUGUGGAUGAGUGGGUCAAAGAUGUACCAUGGACGUGCGCCACAUGUACCAAUCAGCAAACACAGGAAAACCUGUCUUCAGUGUCCGACUUGGCCGAAAGUCUAGCACGGCUUCGCGCAAGACAGGAACUGGAAAGAUUACAAAUUGAUAUCGACGUUCAACGACGCCACACUGAAGAACAACAAGCGCUUAUUAGUAACAGUCUAGGUUUGGAGGAAAAUCGCAGUAGACGAAGUAGAGUGAGCAGUCGACUAAGUGAACAACGUAUACGCGCGUGGGUAGACGAGGUCGUAGCCACAGCCGGCGCCGAAGGUUCAUCUGCUCAACAACAACAACCACAACAACAGCCAUCCCAGAUGACAGAAAUUGCUGAGUCAUUGAAAGCAGGUCCAUCAAAUCAAUCGAUCGUGCCAAACGCCAGAGGAUCAGAAGCCAUACUUCCAUCACCACCAUUGCUCCCAUCGGUGGCGGUUCCGAAGAUGCAAUCAACUAUGAAUCGAUCUCGUCCAAAUUUACCACUUUCUUCAAAAGCAUCUGACCGCGUAAAGCAGCUUCCCAACCGAUCGGUAGCCUUCGAACGACUGUCGCCGAUUUCCGAUUCGCCAAUUGAUGCACGAGCAGCACAACGCUCGAUUUUACGCGAUCCUUUGCCCAGAUUCCCCGGACAGAGUCAACAAGAUACCGCCAGUAGACAGCCACUCGACUUGGAAAAGGAAAUUAAAAACUGCAAACAAGUAAUAGAAGAGCUCGAGCGGAACGCUCGAGCGCAAAAUGCAGAACUACAAAUAUUACUUGCAAGCAGCCAACAAGAACGAUUGACUGCUGAAUUUAAUAAACAAAAUCCUUCAUCACGAAGCUUCAGCGGAGCUUUCCCGAAAGCUACAUCUAUGCGAAGUUUGCCAGUACCUACAAAUUCCCAUCGUACAGGUAUGCCAAUACGACCAGAAUUGAAGAUAAGUGAAAUCCCGAACAACAACAAAAAUCUUCCAAAUGAUCAAGAUACAUUCUGCCAGCGCCAAACCCAAUCAGAGGAUUUCUUACAAGUGCCUUUGUUGCAUAAUAAACGACCCACGACCAAGACCACUAACAUCGGCCUGUCGGAUGGCUAUCUGACUUCCCGCCCAGAUGAAAAAAAAUAUCCUAGUACGUCAGAGAAGCAGUUCAAUUUGCCGAAUCACACGGCCGAUGCCAUCUUAGCGAUGCCCUUUCUAGGGGAUGAGGAAAUCGUACGAGAAUCACGAAACGCAUUUACAACUCAACUGAUAGAUGAACAGGCUCCAGCUUUUGGACAAAAGGGGUUCACGUCGAAUAACUUAUCGGUGCCUUUGAGACCAGAAAACUUACCCACACAUCAGCAGCUGGCGGCACGACAGUCUCUGGCUCGAGACCUACCUACAUUUUCCGGGAAUCCAACAGAAUGGCCUAUCUUUAUAGCCAAUUAUCGCUACACAACGGAAGCCUGCGGUUUCACGAACGGUGAAAAUAUGCUACGCCUUCAAAGGAGUCUGCAAGGCCAAGCGCUCGAUGCAGUGCGCAGUCGUCUGAUUUUCCCAUCUGCAAUCCCACAAGUGAUUGAAAUAUUGCGAAUGCGAUACGGCAGACCGGAGGUGUUGAUCAACGUGUUGCUCCAAAAAGUACGGGCCAUUCCCCCACCAAGAUCAGACCGGUUGGAAAGCCUUAUCGAAUUUGGCACAGCCGUUCAGGAAUUGGUAGACAACAUUGAUGCAGCGAAUGAACCAGCCCAUCUAGUGAAUCCGGCCCUUCUUCAAGAGCUAGUCAUGAAGCUCCCAACCGAUCAAAGAAUGAUGUGGGCUGGGUUUAGACGAAGCAUAGCUGCUGUGGACCUAAGGACAUUCGGGAGUUAUAUGGCAAUAAUUGUGGAAGAUGCAAGUAGCGUCGUGGUGUAUGAAGGUGAUGGCAAAAAAUCAAAUGUACGGGAAAAAUCUAAGUUCAAAGGAACUGUCCUUUCCCACGCGGAAGGAAACAUAACCGAACAGCAAAACGAGCGACCACUUCCUCCCAAUGCCGAAGAGCAUCCGUUGGAGUUCUACAGAUGUGCGAUUUGCGAAGAAAAUGGACACAGAGUGCGUGAGUGUGAUGUGUUUCGCUCGUUGCAUGUGGAUGAAAGAUGGCUUCGAGUGCGAGCUCUGCGAUUGUGUUGGAAUUGUCUAUCUUCUCACGGACGUCGGGCGUGUCGAGUGAAGGGAGUAUGUGGAAUCGACGGGUGCAAAAAUAGGCACCAUACACUACUGCAUUCAUCUAGAGAAGACAAGGCAAACGUGGGUCAAAUCCUUACACACAGACUAUUCGAUACAGCAGCACUCUUCAGGAUAAUUCCCGUCACACUUUUCAGCAAGGACAGGCAAAUCGCUACAUACGCCUUCUUAGACGAGGGGUCUGACUUGACACUUAUUGAAAGUGACCUAGUCUCAGGUCUGGGAAUACGCGGCAGUCCCAACCCUUUGUGUCUGCGAUGGACUGCAAAUACUUCACGAUUGGAAAACGAAUCUCACUCCGUCCAGUUGAGCAUAUCCGGUAUUGCAACGGAAUCUAAAAGGGAAACUAUGAACGCCAGAACUGUAAAACAUCUCGGUUUACCAUAUCAAAGCUUUUACGCAGAAGAAGCGGCUCAGAAGUAUGGUCAUCUGCGUGGUAUACCGUUGGCCAGCUACGAGAACGCGAAACCAAGGAUGCUUAUCGGAUUAGAUAAUCUUCGACUUGCCGUGCCAUUGAAAACAAGAGAAGGAAACAGCGGCCCAGUAGCCGUUAAAAUCAGACUCGGGUGGUGUGUUUACGGACCGCGCAACCUAAAUGCUAGUAAAGCCUACAAUCUCCACGUGUGCCAAUGCUCCUGCGAUAAUAACUUAGAAACUGCGCUGAAGGAUUUCUGUGCCUUAGAUAAUUUAGGAGCUCAAGCUGAGAUUCCUAUUACGAAAGAAGAUCAAAGAGCAAUAGAUAUUUUAGAAACCACCACCAAAAAGAUCGGAAAUUUUUUCGAAACUGGCUUGCUAUGGAAAAAAGACCUGGUCGAACUUCCCGACAGCUAUCCCAUGGCCAAAAGAAGGCUGGAAUGCUUCGAACGACGAAUGGAAAAAAAUCCGGCUCUUAAAGAGAAUGUCCACCGUCAGAUUAGGGAAUACGAACUGAAAGGUUACGCUCAUGUUGCCACUCAACAAGAACUAAAUGAGGCGGACCCCAGUCGCAUUUGGUAUCUUCCGAUCGGCGCCAUCGUGAACCCAAAAAAACCAGGAAAGGUGCGUGUUAUCUGGGACGCAGCCGCAAAAGUCAAAGGAACUUCAUUGAACAGCGUAUUGCUCAAAGGUCCCGAUCAACUUGCCUCUCUCCCGGCAGUACUGUUUGGGUUUCGCAUGUACCGCGUCGCUCUGACUUCUGACAUCAGGGAAAUGUUCCACCAAAUAAAAAUUCGCAACGCAGACAAACACUCCCAGAGGUUCUUGUGGCGGUUCGAUCGUGACUCUAGCCCUAAGAUUUAUCUGAUGGAUGUCGCUACCUUCGGAAGCACCUGCUCACCGGCAUCCGCUCAAUUUGUCAAAAACCGGAACGCAGAGAUGCACUAUGAGCUUUUUCCGGAAGCCUCUAGAGAUAUCAUAUCCCAUCACUAUGUGGACGACUAUUUGAAAAGCUUCAGCACGGAAGAAGAAGCCACAAAGGUAGGCAAUGACGUCCGUAUCGUCCACGGGAACGGUGGGUUUCAGCUACACAAUUGGAGAUCCAAUAGCCAGAAGGUGCUUGAACAACUUGGAGUUGAAGACACCCUCAAAGUGAAGGAACUGGUAGAAAUUACACAGACCGAGCGCGUUUUAGGAAUGCUGUGGGAACCCACUACAGACGUGCUAAGCUUUUCCACACAGUUGAGUCACGAAGUGCAAAACCUGGUCGCGUCUUCAACGCGCCAUACAAAACGUCAAGUCCUCAGAUGCGUGAUGACAUUAUUCGACCCGCUCGGACUCCUUGCUCCCUUUUUGAUUCACGGCAAAGUACUUAUUCAAGACUUAUGGCGAACAGGAAUCGAGUGGGACGACGAAGUACCCGACAGAGUCUAUGAAAGAUGGUUGAAGUGGAUCGAAGUUAUAGCACACAUAGAAGAGAUUCGAAUUCCCAGAUGCUACUUCCCGCAAGCCACGAAACACACUUACGAUAAUGUCCAGCUUCAUUUAUUUGUCGACGCUAGCGAAGUUGCCUAUGCUUGUGCAAUCUACUUACGCACUAUCGUAAGUGGGCAACCGCAGUGUUGCCUGAUCGGAGCCAAGGCGAAAGUCGCACCUCUGAAGCCCUGGUCGAUCCCUAAACUUGAACUUCAGGGAUGUGUGCUAGGGGUUAGAUUGAUGACCUACGUAAAGCAACACCACGCAAUCACGAUCUCAAGCACACAUAUUUGGACCGAUUCCCGAACGGCACUCGCUUGGAUCAAAGCAGACCCCCGGAACUACAGACCGUUUGUGUCGAAUCGAGUCGGAGAAAUAUUGGAGCACACGGAACCAAGUCAGUGGCGUUGGGUACCAUCGCGGUCGAACCCGGCGGACGAAGCUACAAAAUGGGGAGUAGGACCAUUUUUUGAUCGCAGUAGUCAAUGGUUCAAUGGACCUCAUUUCCUGCAACUGACCGAAGAAGAGUGGCCGAAACCAAAGGAAGAAUUAACCGCUACGACCGAAGAAAUGCGGGCCUCAGUCUUGCACCAUCGUUCCUGGAAGCCAGUUAUUAUCUACGAAAAAUAUGCGUCUUGGGAAAAACUGCAGCGAGUGGUUGCAUACGUGCUGCGACACAUUCACAACCGAUUAAAAUUGCAACCCAGGUACGACUCACAUCUCCAACAACACGAACUGAAAUCUGCCGAAGAAAACAUUAUUCAAAUGGUUCAGUUCGAGUGUUUCUCCGAAGAAAUAGCUGCCUUAAAAGAGAAAAGCCCGGAUCGGAAUCCUAUCACUGAGAAAAGUUCACUCUAUAAGCUAGCACCCACAAUUGACGAUCGAGGGCUCCUGCGGCAAACUGGUCGUAUUGGAGCUGCAAAGGAAGUACCAUACGACACGAAGUUUCCACUAAUACUUCCCGGAAAACAUUACGUAACCGAGCUGUUAGUUGAUCAUUUCCAUCGUAAAUUCUGCCAUCGAAACUCCGAAACAAUCGUAAACGAGUUGCGUCAGGUUUACGAGAUUCCCAAUCUACGUGUUUUGGUUAAAAGCAUCGGUCGCAAGUGUCUCCUGUGCCAAAUACGACGCACACGACCAGUCUACCCCCCAAUGGCACCGCUUCCUCCGGCUCGCUUAGCGCAUCACGAGCGGGCUUUCACCUAUACCGGACUUGAUUAUUUCGGACCCUUACUCGUCAAGAUAGGACGAGCCAACGUAAAAAGGUGGAUAGCUCUCUUCACGUGUCUUACGACAAGAGCCGUCCACCUGGAAGUCGCUUAUAGUCUCACCACUGCGUCGUGUAUUUCUACCGUGCGAAGAUUCGUAGGUCGCCGUGGGGCUCCAGCAGAGUUUUACAGCGAUAACGGAACAAACUUCCAGGGAGCCGAGCGAAUUUUAAGACAUCAAGUAAGCCAGGGGUUGUCGGAAAUCUUCACUUCUAGCGAUACAAAGUGGAGCUUCAUUCCACCAGGAGCUCCGCAUAUGGGCGGCGCGUGGGAGCGCCUAGUACAAUCGGUAAAAGCGGCCAUGAGCGAGGCAUACAGCGAGGGUAAGCUGGAUGAUGAGGGCCUACAGACUUUAAUCGUAGAGGCUGAGCGAAUUGUAAAUACAAGGCCUCUUACAUACUUACCACUGGAUUCGUCCCACUCUGAAGCUCUAACUCCCAACCAUUUCCUGCUGCUGAACUCCAAUGGUAAAAGACGGAUAAACGACGAGGAUAGCUCGCGGGUAGGUUAUGCAUCAAAAACCGUGGAUUUCGAAGUGAGAAGAAGUCACUUGGGAGCUUCCUGGGAUUUAAUACAGCGUCAGUUGGAAACUUUCUGGAAACGAUGGUUGACGGAGUAUCUUCCGGUUAUCCGGAGACAAUCAAAAUGGUUCGAAAAGGUUCGACAACUAGAAGCAGGUGACCUAGUAUUGGUAACGGAUCCAACUAAACGGUGCGGCUGGGAACGAGGUCGUGUCGAUCGUGUGCUGAUGAAUGACGAUGGCCAGGUGAGAAGAGCGGUGGUUCAAAUAGGCAAGACAAAGCACGUUCGUCCGGUGACCAGAUUAGCUCUUCUAGAUGUUAAAGGUGUAGUCCCACGAGUACCAGGGAUACACCCGGGGGAGAAUGUUGCCGCAGCGAACGAAGAAAUGGCCACACUGGAGCUAACACGUGCCUACGAUGUCAGUCAACGAGCAAAACAGAACGUCAAACAAACAUAG